AGACUAGAGUGCACUGGAGGCAUUGGAGUACAAUCUACAAUCGCGAGUGAUCGCAUGAGCGAGGUUAGAUCGGGGCGGAGGUGUAAACCGACGCGAAUCAUGUUGAUUUAUUUGUGACAGGUGACGACGAAGGAAUUCGACAAGAAACGUAACAUGACAGAGGCACGAUACUGUUGACGAAAGUGCAAACACUCCCCCGCGGACAACCAUCCCCUCGUAAUGGCCGAGAAUAACCUAUCGAAGGUUUUCGCAGCCGAGGACUUUAACCCGGAGAAAUUUGUGAAGGAGUUGAGCGCACAAUGCGUAGGUGCAGACGAACUGAGGCAGCAGCGCUCGAAAAUCCAGGAACUGGCGAACAAUACGUCCGCCCAAUUGAAACGAAAUGUCUAUCAGAAUUAUAUGCAGUUCAUCGAAACUGCCAAGGAGAUCUCGCACCUGGAGAGCGAGAUGUACCAGCUGUCCCAGCUUCUGAGCGAACAACGCGCCUUACUGAGCACGCUAGGCUCCACCAGAACGACGGGCGUAGUUUUCGAGAAUCUGCCCGAGUCGCAGCAGGAGAAUUCAACUGAUUCAAUGUCGAAGGAAGAGGAGCAGAAGCAGAAACUUAUUCAGUUGAUUGAGAACGUGGAAGGUGCUUUGAGCUUAGCUGAAACUCCAGGACGCGUGUGUUUACAUGAAGGUUCUCUACUUGAGUUAGAUCCGAUCGAGGGCACGCCAUUAAAAAGAAUUCACGCAUAUUUGUUUAACGACGUCCUGAUGGUCGCGUCUUGGCUGGCGAACGGCGGUAGACGCGGCCCGCCUAGAUAUAAAAUGCAAGCGGUUUAUAAUCUAGAAAGCCUAGCGAUCGUCAACGUAAGGGAUCACGGCACUGUGAAACUAGCAUUCAAAUUAUUGGCCUUCUCUGACACGAGAGUGUUCCAGUGUGCCACAGCGACAAGUAAAAAAGAGUGGUUAGACAAAUGCGAACAAGCAAAGAGGGCGAAAUUAGCUGAGGAGAAUUCAGUCGAUACACCGGAUAAUGAUAAGAAUCCAAAGGAGGACAAAGCGGCUCCAUCUCGUUCGAUGUCUUUGGAAUCAAAUACAUUAGGAAUGGAGGACGACGAUGAUUCAGAGUACUAUGAACCUCCGCCAGAGUGGUUGCUGGAAGUGGCUGAGGAUCUGGACUCCUGCAUAGCGCAACGUCACUUCGAAGAGGCUUACGGCCUGUUGGAGAAGGCGAAGGGCUAUUUGAAGGACGCUCAAUCGACGCCGCUGUUGACGGAAAUCCAGACAAAAGUGAACGAGAGAGGCCGCUCGCUGGUGAACGUGCUGACUAAGGAGCUUGAAUUGAGCGCGGAAGCGAAGUCGUUGCAGGGUGGCGGUCUGAGAAGCGCUCGACGCGCAGUCAAGCUUCUGAUACAGCUAAACAGGAGUGCACAAGCGUGUCACUUGUAUCUGCGAUUGUGCAGCGCGGUGCUGAAAGCACGAUUGAAGAGGAUCAAGCAAGAAGGCUCGACCGUGGCUUACGUGAAGCAACUCAGCGCUAUCGCCUUCAGCAACAUAGUGGAGAUAGCGAGAGAAUUCUUAAAAACCUUCCCUAAAUCUACAAAUUGCACUUCUGGCUUAGUUGUAUGGUGCAGUCAGGAGAUAAAGCACCUAACGUCACACUUAGCUCAACAAUUAUUCGUGCCGCAAGUUACGUUAAGCACAUUGGUAGAGUGCAUUGUCGCUGUUCGAUGUCACUGCGAUCAGUUGACCCAGCUCGGCAUGGACUUUCGUUAUCAGUUAGACGGGCAACUUAGAUCUCCGUUAGCCAAAGCUAUCCAGGAUGCGGGUGAAAAUUGUCUCGGCACGGUGAAGCGUCACGUGGCGGAGGAUAAUUGGCGGCCGACUAAUCUAGAAACUAGUCAAAAUCUCCAGAAGUUGUUAACCGAACUCGAUGAUCUUGGUAUCGGUAUACCAUCCUUUCAGACGAACGACUGUUGGAUACCGUUGACGUACAACACAUUGACUUUUUCCAAGAUCUACGUCAGUCUGUUGGAAGACUGUCUUAGCAUAGUUACACCCGAACUUAUAUCCACGAUAGACGGUGUGCUCGUGUCCGUGAUGCGCGUCGAAGUUCAACAUUUAAUUGUUUCACUGACGGAUCCGAAAUUGAAGCAAGAGCGAAAAUUAGUACAAAACAAUGCAGCUUAUGUGCGAGAUGUUAUUAUCGUACGGGGCCUGGAACUGUACAAAUCCGCUACAAAUCUGAAGUUUACGAAGCUACUCGCUCUGAAAGAGCAGAUCGUAUUCGAAUCCCCAUCGCCUACGAAACCGAGACCGGCUCCGAGAACUUCGAUUCCUAAAUACUCUACCACGGAAUAUCUGUAAACUGAAAUAGAGACGCGCAGAGCAAUUUUUAAUUUAUAGGCGAGAGAAAAUAUCACAGAAACAAAUGCUUAUGUGUCAUGUAUGCAUGUGUACAUGCACACACGAGAUGAUGUAUUAUAUUGUAAAUAGGAGACCCGAUUCUCUUCAGUAAUAAAUACAUGUAUCAAUAACGA